AUGGAGGUGCCAGAACUCGCCUGCCCUGUCUCGCCCGCCAGGGACCCGCCAGCUCCCGCUCCCGGACCCCCAGGGGCCGCAGGUGGGCAGGCCCCGCCGCACCUGGCCCUGGGCCCCGCCAUCCUGCCGCCCGAGCAGGGCCGGGCCCCCGCCGUGUUCCUGAAGGCGCUGCCCAUCCCCCUGUACCACACAGUGCCUCCCGGGGGCCUCCAGCCGCGGGCCCCCCUGGUGGCAGGCAGCCUGGACGGGGGCGGCGUGCCCUUCCUCCUCAGCCCCCUGCUGCAGCCUGAAGGGCCGGGCCCCGCCCACGCUGGGAAGCCAGCCACGCCGACGCUCACCGUGAGCAUCGUGGGCGCUCUGCCUGUCCUGUCGCCGGGCCCGGGGCCUGCACUGGGCGGCCUGGGGAAGGCGCGCCACGCCGGCAAGUACCUGUGCCCGCACUGUGGCCGGGACUGCCUGAAACCCAGUGUUUUGGAGAAGCACAUUCGGUCCCACACCGGAGAGAGGCCCUUCCCCUGUGCCACCUGCGGCAUCGCCUUUAAGACCCAAAGCAACCUGUACAAGCACAGACGCACCCAGACGCACCUCAACAACUCUCGGCUGUCCUCGGAAUCCGACGGCGCCGGGGGCAGCCUCCUGGAGGAGGGGGGCAGGGCUGGAGGGGCCCCCCGGGCAGCCGGCCCGGGGGGCAGCUGGAGCCCAGGCCGGGGUGAUGGGGCUCCAUCAGAGAGACCCCUUUCUCCAGGGGUCCAGGGCACUGCGCAUGUCUCCCCAGUUGCCAAAAACGUCGAUCUCAAGUUGGAAGCAGUUUGCUGCCCAGGGUCUGCAGCUGCGGACGGAGAGGCCCGCACGGCGUCCACCGGGCUCUCCACAGCGGCCGGUCCCCAGCCCAGGCGCCCGCUGCCAGGGCAGAGGUCUCCGCCGGCCAGCAGGGCCUGCUCCCUGCCACAGCAGCAGGCACCGCCCUCGGAGAAGCCCUGGGACACCAAGGCCUCGGAGGGCCGGCUGAGGAAGUGCGAGAGCACCGACUCGGGCUACCUGUCCCGCUCGGACAGCGCGGAGCAGCCGCUGGCCCCCAGCAGCCCCCUGCACAGCCUGUCGGAGCACAGUGCGGAGUCCGAGGGGGAGGCUGCCCCGGGGCCCGGGGGUGCCAGGGCCGCGCCGGGAGGCCGGGGGCCCAGCCUCGAGCUGGAGAAGCGGCAGCUGGAGGAACGCAUUGCCCGGCUCAUCUCGCACAACCAGGCUGUGGUGGACGACCCCCAGCUGGACCACGUGCGGCCCCGCAAGACAGUCCUGUCCAAGCAGGGCAGCAUUGACCUGCCCAUGCCCUACACCUACAAGGACUCUUUCCACUUUGAGAUCCGGGCGCCGGAGCCCGGCCGUAGGCGGCCCGGUGCCCCCCGCGCCGCCCGCUCCACCUGCACGCCGCUGGACAAGGCGCGGCCGCUCUUCUUCCACUCCGUCCCCACUCAGCUCUCCGCCACCGUGGAGUGCGUCCCUGUCACCAGGAGCAACUCGCUGCCCGUCGUCGAGGGUACCAGGACGUGGCAGGAGCCGCCAGAACCCCAGGACGCCUGUCCCAGGAGGCAGAAGCCUCUGAGCCCCAGGCCCGCCGCUGCCCGACUGGCGGAUGUCCCCAGCGGUCACCCCCGGGCCCUGGUGAGACAGGCUGCGGUGGAGGACCUGCCGUGUCCCCCCACUAGAGACACCAUGACCCCCAGAGAGGACCCGGAUGGAAAGAAGGCGGUGGCAGGGGACGAGGGGGCUGCUGGCAGGGGCCGGGCGGCCGGGAGGAGAUGCAGCCAGAGAAGGCUGCAGAUGUUCUCUCAGGAGCGGUGGCGCGUGUACGGGCGCGAGACCUUCCAGCGGCUCUACCAGAAGAUGAGAGCCAGCCGCCAGGGGAGCAGGAAGGCCAGGGAGGUGGGGGCGGGCUGCGGGGCGGAGCAGGGCCUUCCUCCGCAGGAAGAGGCAGCAGGGGGCGAGGGCGCAGCCCGUACUCACGGCAGGAGGACCCCUGUCUGCGGGGACGCGUCUGUGGGGGCCCAGCCAGGGCCUGUGGGAAGUCCGCCGGCCGCAGAAGGCUCCUUGGUGACCGAGUCCCCCAAGCAGAGGCAGACGGUGGCCACAUCCGCAGGCGAGGAGCAGCCCAGGGGGAGCGGGGCCGCGUCGCCCCCCCGCCACUGCGGAGAGCCCCCGUGUUUGGACGGCAAGAGCCCUGUGCCUCCUCCACGUGGGAGCCUGGAGCCGGGGUGUCCGCUGCCACCAGCACCCGGCCCCCUCAAAGGUGGGGACCAAGAGGCUCCUAGGCUGGUUCUGCCAGACCCCGAGCAGGAAGGAGGCGCCCAGGGCGGUGGGGACGCGAAGGAGCCCUGCCAGCAGGCCCUCGUCCUCCCCGCGCGGCCCUGCGGCAGCUCUGGGGAGCCCCCGCCCGUGGAGCCCCCGCUGCCCUCAGAGAGGAAGAAGCUGAGGGUGGAGGGGCCGAGCGGUGUGGAGCUGCCGGGGCCUCUGGGAGCCGGAGGCCAGGCCCCAGCGCCCCCCGGGCAGGCCGCCUCCUCACCGUCCUGGAACCAGGACGGCGGCCCUAGGGACAAGCCAGCGGGGCCACACAGGAGCGCCGAGUGCACUGCGAGGGGCCGGGCCGGGCCCCCGGAGGCCUCUGGUGCACAUUUCUCUGCUUCCUCGGUGGCCCCGAGGCCCGUGGGGCUGAGGGACAAGGAGCCUGGUCUUGGCCCUGCCGCUGCAGUCCCAGGGGGUCGCUCACCGCCACUGCCGCAGACUCAGGCUUCUGACGUCCCUGCAGCCCCAACGCACACCACCUUCCCCCCCAAGUACCUGCUCAGGUUACCUCAGGGAGAGACCUCACCACCCCAGCCUGGAGCCCGGGGGCCCCUCGGGGGGAGCGGGUGGCCGGAGGACCCAGCGUCCUCUGCUGGGUCAGAGCCGGCGACCCUCCUGCCUUCCCUCCCAGAUGCAGGCCUGGCCCCAGGGAGAGCGGACGGCUGCAGGGAGGGUCCCAGCUGGUCCAGGCUGUGGGGCAGGGGAAAGAGGGCGCCGGAAGAGGGGCGAGGAGACAUGGACCCCAACACGCCCCAGGCUGGGGCGUCUCCUGGCACAGCCGCCGUCCUGCCUGCCUGGGCCUGUGGCCCCCAAAGGACUGAGACCCGCGAUGCGGGGCACCUCCGCUCGGGCAGCACUGGGGCCAGCGCCCAGCCCCCCGGGGCUGCCCUGAAUCCCUGGCCACUGGACAAGGACUUGGCGGAGCCUCCUGAAAAUGUCCCGGAAGGCCCUCCUCCGGGGCCCCCCGCAGAGCACAGUCCCCGCUGCUCCCUGCGGCCCAGCUCCAUCCUCUCCUCGGCCCAGCUGCCCGCGGGCUGGCCCGGGCUGGCCGCGGGGGCGCGCUCAGACAGUCCGGGGAGCGGGGGGCCCCAGGGCCCCUUCCCCUCGCUGAGGGCCGAGCCCAGGCUCACCUGGUGCUGCUUGGGCCGCAGCCUCCCUCUGCCCGCCGAGCAGGAGAAGGCCGCGUCGGCGUGCUGGGUGCCGCACCGCCCUGGUGGCUGUCCCCCGGGCCAGGGCGCAGACGCCCGGCCGGCGAGCAAGGCCGCGUCGGGACGGUGGACCAGGACCAGCCCGGCAGAAGGAGGGGCAACGCGGCCAUGGAAGCUCUCCUACCUGACAGCCCCAGGGGGCACGUCCGGGGACGCGGGGCCCGAGCCAGCGUGGAAGAAAGGACCGCCCCGGAGGAGAGCGAAGCCGUCCCGCGGGAGCAGCAAGCAGAAGGCACUGAGAAGGUACCGAGGGAGCUUCUUGCAGGGCCGCGUGCAGCUCAGAGCGAGGAGACUGCGCAAGCCACUCUGGGCGCUGAGAAAAGACAGCCACCCUCCCCACGGCGAGGGGCUGGACCCACGCCGGACCCUCGGGCAGGCUGCUUCGGAAACGGCAGAGCUCAGUCUGCAAGGGGAGCCGCCUUGUGCCUCUGCAGCCUUGUCUCUUGGCUGUGGGAAGGGGGAGGAAGAGGAGGAAGACCGAAGACCGACGUCAGGAGGCGCCUCUCCCAGUGCAAGCUCGAGGGGAAGUGUGCAGGAUGUUACUCCGUCUGCUGGCGAGCACAGCGACUGUUCCCCUCAGAACACUGCGGUCGGGUCAGGGUUGUCUCUGCCCCCUGACUCCUGCGUGCAGGUGGCCGGCAACAGCCUUUUGUCCCGUGGCAGAGGUCUCGACGUGGGCUUCCCUGAGACCCCGCGCGUGCCCUCUCAGGAGCAAGUCUCGGCAGAUGCGAAACCGGACAUUGUCUCAGAUGCUCAAGAACCGGCGUCCCUCGAGCCCAAAGGAAACGCUCUCUGCUGUGACGCUGCUGCCUCUGGGGCUGCCAUCUGUCCUUCUCUGGGGGCGAGAGGAGGUCACACAACCCUGGGAGCUCCCGGCACAGAGGCACAGGAGCCUGGCCGAGCUGCCGGGGAUGCUCUGACACGCGGCUCCCCAGACAGUGAAGCCACAGUGCAGGGCACAUCACUGUCACUGUCGCCGGGGAGACCAUCCCCGGGGCAGAGACUCUCGAGUUUGGUUCCAUCAAGGCCACCUGGCAAAACUCACCUUGAAAUACCAGCUUCAGGGCCAGGGUCAACUAGUUCACACCAAGACGCAGCGAGACCCAAGGCGCUUCUCCCUUCCGGGGGGCGCCCUGGGUGCGGGGAGAUGCCUGUCUCCUGCCCUCCCAUGGGAAAGGACAGGGAGAAAUGCCAUGAAUCUGGAUUCAGGGCCCCGCAGGAUGGCGUCGUUCCUUCUAAGUCAGGGCAGCCCACAGAAGUCUCACAAGCCCCUUCGAAAACAAUCAAGAAAAGGAGUUUGGAAGGAAUGAGGAAGCAAAGCCGCGUGGAGCUCAGCGACACCAGCAGCGAUGACGAGGACCGGCUAGUGAUAGAAAUCUGA